AUCAGAAACCAAAAGCUAAAGUGAAGCAUUGCCAUAGAACUGACACUGGUCAACAGAGACUGAUUAAUAACAACAUGUGCAAAGGACUAGCUGCACUGCCUGCUACUUGCCUAAGAAGCGCAAAGGACAUAAAGCAUCGUCUUGGCUUCUUGCUGCCAAAAGCAGAGACAUUGAGUGAUCACAGCUCAGCACCUGUCAAGAAGGACAAAACAGGUUCAACUCACAGACUCAAUAGCGAAGAAGUUAAGAAAUGGGGUGAAUCUUUACUACAACUAAUAUCUCAUAGACAUGGCCUGGUCACAUUCACUGAAUAUCUCCAGUCCGAGUACAGUGAGGAAAACAUCAAGUUCUGGCUGGCGUGUGAGGAGUACAGAAAAUGCAAGUCCCCUGCAAAACUGGCCUCCAAGGCAAAGAAAAUUUUCAAUGAAUACAUCGCAGUCGAGGCUCCCAGAGAAGUGAACUUGGAGUCCCAGGUCAGAGAAAAAACCAGAAAGAAUAUCCUUGAGCCAACUUCCUCUUGCUUUGAUGAGGCACAGAGCAAGAUCCAAACCUUGAUGCAGAAAGACUCUUACCCCAGGUUCCUCAAGUCAAAGAUCUACUUGGAAUUACUGAACCAAACUCAGGCAAGAAGUUAACAAAAGGGCAAACACAAGUGCCUUUGAAGUCUGACCCACAACGCUCACGUGCUGGAUUUACCAGGACUAUCAACACAAAGUUGUUGAUUAUGUGAUAAAUAAUGUCAAAAUACUUGUUAGAACAUGUUUAAAGGAAAGGUCCAAACUCUUCUUGCCACUGAUAGUUAUAGCAAAUAAAUUUGACCAAAACAACACUUUAAUCCCCUGAGAAUGAAGUUAUCAUUUUUGUACCAUUGCAGCAACAGAUAAGUGUAGAAUAUUUCAAUUUUCCCCAGUAGUAUAUAUAAAUAGUAAUAACUAUUUUGUGGUGCCACCUUGUUUUGUGUGUUCAUCACAAUUUUAUGCACUGGAAUUAGGCAGAGUAAUGCUGUCAUUGAUAUCAGGAGAUAUGAACAAGUUUCCUUUGUCAAUACUAUGAAAUAAAUUCAACAUACAUGGUUGCCACAUGUUUUAUUUUCAAGUACGUUUCAAUAUUAUUUUUUUGUAACUAUUUAUUUACCAUAUGUAUACACUGACAUAAUACCAAUACUGAUAUGUCCACUCUUUUAGUACUUUCUCUUUUAUCUUCUAUGUGGUAUCUUUAAACUAUAGAUUGUAUUGUAGCUUCAGGAAUCUGAGUCAAUCCUUUACAUUUACUGUGGAACAGAUUGAAUAAAUAAUGAAAUGCACAGCAAAGUUGCUUUCCUAGCAGUACCACAUUGAAAGCCCAAGGAGAGCAGGUUCAUGGGGACACCAUCACUUCCAUCAACAUCCCAUCUUGGACACAGUUCAUCAUUCAUUCAUGGUGCCUGGGUUAAAAUGCUUGAACUCCCUACCUAACAGCGCUCUAUGAGCACCUUUGAUACAAGAAUUGCAAUAGUUCAACAAGAAGGCUCACCACCAACUCCUCAAAAAUGUUAAAAAACAUUGCAGGCACAUAAUUGUUUCCUAGAUAUAUCCAUCAUUAAAACAUUGAAUUAAACACUUUAUAGCAUGUCAACUGACCACAUUGGUUGUCUUUUCCAGUUGAAAAUCAUUGAUAAAGUUCUUUUAGAAAUGCAACAUGAUACAGUCUGUCUGGAAAUCAUCCUGUUCUAUUUUACAUGCAACCUACUUGAAACCAGUUUUGAAGUUUUGACACAUGUUUACACCACAGUAUAAGAUUCCUCAACUUGCCAUUAGUGUGUUACUGCACAAAACAGAGUGUCUGAUGGGUAAAAAUGGUCCAUGGAAGCAACAAUCUUUCUUGUCCUGUAUGUUUGUCAAGAAUAUACUUGUGUACACUGAAUUCAACUGUGGAGUUUGAUAUAUCUGAGAAUAAUUUAUUGUAUUUCAGGAUUAAUGUGAAAGUUAUUUUUAUAUGCAUAAUAUUCAGUACUGUUGAAUCCUGAGUAUAUCUAAGUUGCAAUGGCUGGCUGCAAUGUGAUGUAACUAUGGGGACUAAAUAAUGAUAGAAUUCUAAGUUUAGUUUCAGAUGUAGAGUUAUUGUAAGAGCCACUAUUGGUCUUAAAUAUUUAUUGCCUAAAUUAUAGUGCAUGUAGAUUUCUUUUUGUUUUGAAUACACAAAUAAAUUAUGUUUCAUAUUAAA